AUGUUGACAAAAAAUGAUAAACGGGUUGGAAGAUGGCUUCUAGCAUGUUCUGGGAUGUGUUUUGGUGCCAUUGUAAUUGGUGGCAUAACCAGACUCACUGAAUCUGGUUUAUCAAUAACCCAGUGGAAUGUAAUAAAAGGCAUGAGACCACCAAGAACAGAAGAUGAAUGGGAAAAAGAGUUCACAGAGUAUAAAAAAUAUCCUGAGUACAAAUAUUUAGAACGUGAACUAACUUUGGAAGGAUUCAAAAAAAUAUUUUUCUGGGAAUAUAUCCAUCGCAUGUGGGGUCGAAGUAUUGGUCUCGUGUUUUUACUGCCUGCUGUUUUCUUCUGGAAGAAGGGUUACUUCAACAAGGGAAUGAAGAUCAGGACGCUUAUAUAUGGUUCUCUCAUCGGCGCACAGGGUGUCCUUGGCUGGUACAUGGUGAAAAGUGGACUGGAAGAACAUAACGAAUCAACAAUCACACCGAGAGUUAGUCAAUAUAGAUUGGCUGCCCACUUGACUUCAGCACUAGUACUUUAUUCACUGUUUUUCUAUCAAGGACUGAACCAUUUACUUGAGCCACAACAAUUUGCCAUGACCUCCGCUGUGAAGAGGCUGAAAAUGAUGAACCACACUAUUAAAGCUUUGGUCGUUUUGACUGCUAUUUCUGGCGCUUUUGUGGCAGGACUAGAUGGUGGUCUCGUUUAUAACACGUGGCCAAAAAUGGCGGACAAAUGGAUUCCCGAUGACUUAAUGGCUAUUACUCCUAAAUGGAAGAAUGCUUUUGAAAAUGUGGCUACUGUUCAGUUUAUUCAUCGACAUUUAGGUGAACUAACGGGAGGCUUAAUAUUCAUCACUUGGCUCUACAGCCGAAAGGUUAAACUUCCACCAAGAGCAAAAUUCAUUAUAAACUGCCUGGCUGCUGCCGGUCUUUUGCAGGGUUUGCUGGGAAUAGCCACAUUGUUAUCAUUUGUUCCCGUCCAUCUGGCAAGUGCUCAUCAAGGUGGUGCUGUAACAGUACUUAGUUUUGCUCUCUGGGUUACACAUGAGCUUAGAAGAAUGCCAAAAUAA